GUGUCAGUUUGGCUCAGUUGGUAGCACUCGCACCUCUGAAUCACAAAGUUCCAGGUUCAAGCCCCACUCCAGAAACUUGAGCACAAAAAUUCAUUCUGAUAUUGCAGGACAGCACUGGAGGAAUACUGCACAAUUGGAGUUGCUCUUUUCCAGAUGAACCCUGGCCCUGUCUGACCUCUAAGAUCCCAUGCCACUAUUUCUGAGAAGAACUGGAUCUGAAGGGGCACUAUUUAGACGUUUUUUUUUAAGGUACCUGGAGAUGGAUUCAACAGAAUACCUCAUUAAGGUGCUGACAAGGUUUCGAAUAGUUGACUUCCCCAAGUUACUGAAAUCCUGGGAUUUUCUGUCAGCAAGGCAACUGCAGGAAGUGAAUUUCAAGGAAACUGCACGAAAAGACCUGAUAUUGAAGUUAGCCGCGCUUUGUGAGGAUAAUGGAGUAACCUUAAAACAUGUAGCAGAUUUGGACAUUAUUUAUAAUUGUGCAUACCCGCAGAAGAAAAGAUGGAAUUCAUAUCAAAUGUUUAGGCCAAAAGGUGGUGAAGAAGCAAAGUUAUUUGAUUUUGGAGACUUCAGAAAUUGUUUUGAAAGAAAUCUCAAAAUGCUCAUUAGAAAUGUCAUGAUCAACAUUUUGGAACAUGGGGAAGCAGUUUGGAUCCGAAUCGCAUGGGGCAAACGCCACUCCACACCUAACCAGCAAAGAGCUUCGUAUGCCGUAUACUACCCGCAGACUCCUUAUGUUUUCAUGGCUAAUCUUGCUGUGCAGUACAGAGUAUAUAUUUCUCAGGCACUGGUUGUUGCUACUGAGCAUAAUAUGCUCAAAGAGAUGGAUCUACGAGGACAUUGUUUGGACUCCCUCCGAGACAUUGCUCUGAAAAGAUUUAAUCCGGCAUGUUCUACGCACCACUGGAAACCCAUACAACAGCUAAACACCAGCCAAGAAUCCGAUCAGAGAAUCACCAUAGAAAAUCUUAGAGAGAAAGAAGAUGUCAAAAGAUUAACGUCAGCAGCAUUUGGAGAAGGGUCACUACCAAAACUGGAGGAGGUUCAUUACAGGUUACAAACUGUCUUUAAGGAUGAACACAACAUGGGGAUUUUAUCAGAUAGAAGAAAACCAUUCCGAUGUGUAGCAAAAUUUUCCAGUCCAAAUAUCCUUGAAUCAUUGAGAGCACUUCCAGCACUAGGAAUUGCUGAUGUUCCCAUUUCAACCAUGUUCAGCAGUAUUCCAGAAAAGGGAAAGAAUUAUUUCAAAAUAACAGACAAAAGGACUGCUGAGCCAAAUACACCAGGCCCUUAACUUCAUUGUCCAAGGACGUUCUGUAAAUACUUUUAUGUUUCCUGUGGAAAACUCUCUUGCCUCUUUCAUUCUGUAAUGAAGCUUUGGAUUUUCCCCAUGCCUGCUGACUCAAUGUUUUGCACAACAAAAGUAAUUUGUUCCUAACGUUUAGGUUCCCCUUGUGCAAGAAUGGGUGAAUCGAGCUGUACUUAAUGUCCCUUGCAGUGUUCAAUUUGUUGACACCAAUUAUCUAGAUCCAUAUGUGCUGAAUGGCAUCGGUCUAGGUAUUCAAAAGUGUUUGGCAUCCUUGGAACCAUAACUCACCAAGGUGUUAAGAGUUCACUAAUCUUUGGUUAAAUUACUCUGUUUAUAAGCUCUUCCUUCCCAGCCAUCCCCUGUCCCCCUUCCAAGCUCAUGAUAUCUGAGUGCUUGACCCUGCUCUGAAAUGAAUCUUUAAAAUUUUCCUGUGUGGGAGACCCCCUGCAAAAACUAAAACUCCCCUAUCCACUGCAAUCUUGGCUUGCAAAAGAUGGAAAUGUUGUGCUAUUACAAGUUGUUUUAAAAAGUACUAAGAAAGUGAGAUCUUAACCCAUGAUAUUCCCUUUCAGAAGCCAGCUUCAAAAAAACAUUUUGCUGGUCUGUAGGCUCACCACACAUUUUUAAAAAGAAAUGCAUGAGAUUUUAUUUUAGAUAUUUAACAAGUUGUCUCUAAACUGCUAUGGUUUUACCCUUUUUUGCUUUUAAAAUAUUCUCCUUCUCUUCCUCUCCUUCUAACCCUCUUCUUCCUGCAAUUGUCUCUGAUUUUACUGCUUCUGCUGUUUGUCUUUAGCAUUACCAAAAGGCUAAUUUUCCCAUAGGUUUCUCAUGAUGAUCUGAUUUCUACCCCAACAUGUGCCUUUUAUACUACAAAAUGGUGAAAUUCCAAAUUCUGCCAAUGUGUCAACCAGUCCAGUUUUUUAACUUAAAAAUUCCAAGAUAAUAGGACAAUGUCACGCGUUAAAUUUUGGGACAUCAAACCAAAGCUUCAUUGCAGUGAACUUUACCUUUUUGAUUGUAAGCCCAAGUUAGUGGGUUCGAUGAAGAAAUGGUUUAAUGUGCAUCAUCACAUUUCUAAUCUGCAUACUGUCCACUUGUAUUUAACAAGUGAGUUGUAAUCUAAUGCUUAAUAAAUAUCUAUUUCAAAUACGCAAUUGGGGAAAAUGCAGACAGCCAUAGGGUUUAAGAAGAUGGCUGACCUUGUAUAUUUUGAAGAUUGUAUGUAUAGUUUUCUCCCAAGAAAGCCUAUUAUGCUAUCUUUAGGGUAGUGGAGGGUACAUUUUCAAUAACUUUUUCAAUAUUCGGUGGCAGAUCUUUUGAAACAAGAUCCACUUAUUCUUUAUUUGGUAAGAAAGCCAGAAUCUCAGAAAUGACUUCAUAACCAUGUGUCAAGGGAGGCUUUUGGUUAAAACCUCUGCUUUGAACAUUUGGACUUGAUUUCACUUAGACAAGUUUCACUUGCAUUUGCCAAGUUGGGGGUUGUCAGUGCUGACUCCUGUUUUGGGCAGGGAAGUAAUGAGAAUUUAGCAGGCUUGCUCCACCAAACUUGACUGUAACUCCAAUUAAUGGGUCAUUGGACAUAAUCAACACUGCUGCAGACAAGGUUAUUCUCCAUUUCUACCUAAGAGAAGCCUAUAGAUAAGAGAUUUCCUUUUGGGGAGAGGGAAGAUUGGGGUGCUAAAAUAGUCCAACUCCACUUCAGUUUUUAAUCCAUUAGCUUGGGCUUUGAUUAGAAUUUCGUGAUGAUAAAACUGCAUGCAUGUGAUUUUUUUUCUAUUCAUAUGCACUUGCACUUGGCCCUUAGGUUAUUGCUUUCCAUUAGUUAUCCAAGAUCUUACAUUGGGCUUAAUUUUUGGGUCUAGUUUAAAAUAACUGAAUUUCCACACAAGGACUAAUUCUCUUCACAAGCUACUGGAUUUUGACAUCCAGUGAUCGGUGUUCGAGUCUGCUGUGUGAAGAUGUUUUUUUCUGUCUGAAAUUAUUUGCUGCACAGCCUUGCAAUUCUUGACCUCAGUUUAAAACUGGAACCAAGCAUAUACUUUGAGUUUGUGAACUUUUAUCCUGUGGCUAUCCCUGUGCCAUAGUUGCGAGACUCGGCAGUGAAUGUUUGGCUAUUCAGUACCAAGAGUGCAACAGCUGAGCUCAAUACAGUCCACAUAUAUUCAUUUCCAUGGAUAGCAAUCAGCAAUGAAAUUUCUUAACCAAUUUUUCUUUUGAAUCCCUGGGUGUGAAAACUAAUUGUAUUAUCCUGACUGAAGUUACUGACACUGCACAGACUGGGGAAUUGAACCUGGUUUUAAAAGUCUGCAUGUCUCAAUGAUGUGUAAGCUUGUUCAGAUCUUUGAUAAACCUAGUCAUUAAUGAUGAAGAUUUAACUAGAUGAAUAAAUGAUACAGCAUCUCAUUAAGGCUUUUCUACAUAUAGUCCAAAGGAAAUUUGUCAGCAGGACUGACAUUCCAGCUUCCUUCUAAUUUCGACGGUGCUGAAUUGAAGUCCAGUCUUGCUUGUGAAAUUAGGAAUCAAGCCCUGACUGUUCUCUAAAGUAUUGUUAAAAACCAUCGACAUUUAUUUGCACAGUGUAAUGUUGUUUAAUAGUUUUAUUUAUGUAAAUGUAAUAAAUUUUUGUGGUUACUUGAA